AUGGCUCAGUACGCCAGCAAUGCCGCCGCGGCCAGCCCAGCCCUCAACUCGACCCCCGGCCACCAGUCCGGUCCGGAUUCUCAAAAGGGAACCUCGUCGGCCGCCAACGACACGCCCCGCGAUGACGGAGUCGCCCUGUCUGGUGCCGCCGCUUCUACCGCCAAUGCCCAGCACAAGCGCGUCUACCAGGCCUGCAUUCCCUGCCGCCGCCGCAAGGUCAGAUGUGACCUCGGCAGCGUCGACAACCCCCACGACCCCCCCUGCGUUCGGUGCCGUCGCGAAUCCAAGGAAUGCUUCUUCUCCGCCACUCGUCGCAAGCGCAAGAGCGAGGACGACGGCAGUGACCUCGAGGAAUACAUCAUCAGAAAUGGCCGCCGCAAGGUCCAGGCAACCAGCCCCGGACGGGUCGAACAUAGAGUCUACGCCGAGCCUACAAUUCCCCAAAGCAACACGAAUUGGCGCAGUCAGCCUCUGCGCCGCCCUGACGGCGGCCGUCGCGACAAGCGGACCGGCGACGACUCCGGAGACGAGGGCAACCAGACCCUCGAGAACAUUGAAGCCCAGACCGUCAUGCGCCAGACCGUCUACGGUCCCCAUGAUGCCCUCGACCUCCUCUACAAGGCCGCCACCGAUGGCCCUGCUUCCAAUCACCAACGUGACAGCAGCAUCGUCUCCGCCUCGGGCGCUGCUGCUCCCACUUCGGCUGCCUCUACAUCCCAUACCAAUCCUCUCAGCAUUCAUAACCGACGCCAAUCCUCCGUCCGUGAGCUUCCCCGCCAGCCAUCCGCCUCGGCCCGUCCUGCCCAAGUCGAGCACCACACCUCCGACUUGGCCUCUCACCCCGCAUACGCCGAUGCCAUCAAGGCAUGGUCCAGAUUCCGCUUCGUCCGUGCCGGCUGGUUCACCGCGCAAGAGGCAAUUGAAUACAUUGACUACUACUAUAAAUACCUUUCUCCUCUCACACCCAUCUCGCCACCCACCUUUAGCAACCCCGCCUCUCAUCUUACCCUCCUGACGGAAGAACCCAUACUUACCGUAACUCUUCUCACCAUCGCCUCGAGAUAUCGUCAGAUACCUGGCACUGGUGGCCAAUGCCGCUCACACGCUAUUCCAGAGCAGCUCUGGACAUACCUCCGCGGUAUGAUAGAGCGCUGUCUUUGGGGGCAGGAAGCCUUCGGGGGCGGCUUCUGCGGCUCAGGCGGCUCAGCUACUACUGCCAUGCUGAGCGAGGAGACUAGUAGUACCGCGCCCUGGCGAGGCUUGCGCAAAGGUAGUCUGCGAACUCUUGGCACCAUUGAGUCGCUGCUCAUCCUCACCGAGUGGCAUCCCCGCGCCCUGCACUUCCCUCCACAAGAAGCCACGGAUGAGCUCGUCCUUCCCAUGGCUGAGUCUUCACCGCUCAUGGCCACAGAGGACGAAAUGGCUCGCCCGGCAGGUGGCAGCUUCGGCGGCAAGAGAAUUGAAAGCUGGCUCGAGCCCGCCUGGCGCAGCGAUCGCAUGUGCUGGAUGCUGCUUAGCACGGCAAUGGGUCUCGCCUAUGAGCUGGGCGUCUUUGACGACAUUGACGCCAUGCUCAAGGACGAUGCCAUCACCCGCCCUGAAUACCGCGAUGAAGCAUAUCGCUUGCGUGCCAACCGCAUCAAGCGCCUUCUCCUCAUAUAUACCUCUCAGCUCGCUGGUCGGCUUGGCUGGACCAGCAUGGCCCCAGAGCAUCUUCGCCGGGCCGACCCUGCCGUGGCCCGCAAACGGCCGUUGACGACCGACGGCAACACCCCGUCUACUAGCUACUCCCUCUCCAACACCUUCAACUACGUACCCGACCUGGAGCUCGAUGACCAAAUCAUCCACUGCUGGGCUGGAAUCAGCAAUGCCAUGUAUAUUGGCAACGAAAAGUUCUUCAAGUCACGCCAGCACACCACCGACAUAAUCCAGAGCGGCAAGUAUGUUGAGCUACUGGGCGAGUACGGGCCCAUGCUCAAGGAUUGGUACCGUGAGUUUGAACUCUUCCGUCUGCCCCAGUAUAUUCGUUACAUCUUGACCAUCGAGUACGAGUAUGUGCGCAUCUAUGUCAACUCGCUCUCUUUGCAGGCGGUUGUGGAACGUUGCACCAACAAUGCCACCCAGACAGUAUCCAACAACUCGAACGGCCAAGGCGCCCAGCCUACGCUCUCUCCCGCGACUCUCAUGACGUACGGCAAGCUCCCGAUUGGUCAAUUGGGUGGCUUCACUGCCCAAGAUCAAGAAUAUGUUCGCGAGGUUGUCGAUGGAUGUCGCAAGCUGCUUCAUACAGUGGUCGAUGGCCUCCUGCCAGGCGGCUACCUCAAACACGCCCCAGUACGCACCUACUUCCGCAUUAUUAGCGGAGCUAUGUUCUUAUUAAAGACCUUUGCCCUCGGCGCCCCGCGAGCCGACGUGCGCAUGAGCAUCGAUCUCAUGGACGCCACCGUCGAGGCGCUCCGCAAUUGCGUGGUCGACGACGUGCACCUGGGUCUUCGCUUCGCUGAUCUGCUCGAGACGCUGACGAGCCGUCUGCGGAACCGCUUCAUCCAGGCGCCCACCGGGCCGCUGUCCGGCCGGGAGCAGAGCCCCGUGCCCGACUCGGGUGCCGCUGGUGCCCAUGCCGUUGAGAACGGCUGGUCGGGGCAUGCCCAGAAGCUGCGUGAUGGGCUCAAUGGCCAGCGCCGCCCCCUCUCCCCGACGAUGGAAGGCAACAACAUCUCCGCGACCCCAUUCGACCUCGGCACUGGCGCCUUCCAUUACCACCCGCCGGUGUCUGCCGGCCCCACCACGCCGGCAGCUGCGAUGGAGAAUGGCGGCACCGCAACCGCCGGCGCCGGCGGCAUGGACGUGACGCUAUUCGAGGAGUGGAACAACCCGGGCAAUGAGAUGUGGUACCUGCCCGCCGGCCCCGCAUUCUUCCAAAACAUGGGCGAUGGCGGUGUCUCCAUGACGGCCGAGGGCGUCAACGUCGGUGGCCUCGACCUGCUCGAGUACAUGGCCAUGGAUCCUGUACAAUUUCCCACGCUGGAAACAGGCGGCGGCGGCGGCGGCUCUGCCCCCAACGGAGGGACACAACCGCUGUAG